GACAAGAUGCAAAACGAUGCCUCUGAUACGUCUGAAAGGACCACAAAUCCAUUGGCUCCUUAUGCGAAGAAUUAAUCCCCCCCCCCAGUGUUCGAGCUUUUGUGGGGCACUUGAUAACAAGAUCCACCAAGGCUCCCCACGACUGCACUAAGCAAGCCUCCUACCACUGUCAUUUGCCGAUUCUUUGGACCACCCAGUCCUUCUGGUCGAGAGGGCAGUGAUUAUUCUGUUUCACCCACAGGGACAUACAGCAGUUGUGGAAGGAAUUACAUUCUCCUCAUACCACAACCCAAUCCUUGUCUGUUUUCAGCUCCACAUCUAAGGUAUCCGUCACCUGGACCCUGCAGAUGGCGCACGUAUCGCGCUCCACAUUGCCACCCUGUUCCACUUUUGAGAGAGAACAUUUUGUCGCCCCCAACCCCACCCCGACUUAGAGCCCGCGAGAGAGGCCAGGGCGCAGGACUCCCGUUUGGGGUCGGGAUAGGCCUAUCCUGGUCUUUCUUUUCCAAGAUAAAUAGCCUUCACCAAUUCAUUCAGUGUUCCUCACAUGAUGCAGUUUCAAGCUUUCUCUUCAUCCGGUUCCCUCUCCUCUUACACAUUCCAGUUUAUCAUUGUUCCUCUUAAACUGUAAUUCCCAGAAAAUAGCACAAUACCCCCAGGUGCUGUCUGACCAAUUCAAGUAAAAUUGGACAAACACUCCCUCAAUUGUAUUAAUACAGCCCAACAGGCAAGUUCACAUUUUUUUGUUGUUGUCACAUCCCUUUUGUUGACUCACAUCCAGCUCAGGGUCAAGGAGAAAGCUUGUGUUUGGGCAGAAAUUUAGCAUGUUUUAAUGACAGAACAAAUCACCACAGGGCACUAAUCUCAGUGCCCUUGGUGAAUGGUGCACAUCCUGUGGAAAUGCAAAUGAAAAGUGGUUGAUUGGGACCCUGCUGGGGCACACCACAUUGACUUUUUUCUGGUCGUGAAAAGGCACUGAAUAAACCAUUAGUCAAUAUUAUACACUCCUUUAAUGGAGGCUUGCCAGAUCCAUUUUAGGAAAAUAAUUCAGAGCCUGUAAUUGCCGCCUAAACACAUUACCAGCUAGGAAAACCUGUUGGAGAAGAUUAUUUGCUUUGUAGUGUAACUGGCAUAAAGUUCAGUGUAGGUGUUGCUUAACAAGUGAAUGCUGAAAUGAAAGAAGACAGGUUAUUCUAAAGAGUCUUUUGGAUGCUUUCAGUUUCAUUUUCCAGCUCCAUGAAAUGAAUACAACUAUUCAUCUUCUUUCUACUUGAUCUUGAAUACUACAGAAAGAAAUAGCACAAAUAAAAUUGAAGAAGCCAGGAUUGCACCCAGUACAUUUUGUUUUGAUUGAAAAUUUGACAUUCAAGUCUUCUUAACCCAGGAAAACUGGCCUUGAUUUCCUCAUUCUCCACUUAGCAAGGUCAUGGAAGAUCUAGAGGAAACAUUAUUUGAAGAAUUUGAGAACUAUUCCUAUGCCCUGGAAUAUUACUCUCCGGAGUCUGAUUUGGAGGAGAAAGGCCGCCUGGGACUUGUUCACUGGGUUUCCCUGAUGUUAUAUUGUUUAGCAUUUGUUCUGGGAAUUCCUGGAAAUGCCAUUGUCAUUUGGUUCACAGGAUUCAAGUGGAAGAAGACAGUGACCACUCUCUGGUUUCUCAAUCUGGCCAUCGCAGAUUUCAUUUUUGUUCUCUUCCUGCCCCUGUACAUCUCUUAUGUAGCCAUGAAUUUCCACUGGCCCUUUGGCAUCUGGUUGUGCAAGGCCAAUUCCUUCAUUGCCCAGUUGAACAUGUUUGCCAGUGUUUUUUUCCUGACAGUGAUCAGCCUGGACCGCUACGUCCACUUGAUCCAUCCUAUCAUGUCUCAUCGGCACCGAACCCUAAAGAACUCCCUAAUUGUUGUUAUAUUCAUCUGGCUUUUGGCUUCUCUAAUUGGUGGCCCUGCCCUAUACUUCCGGGACACUGUGGAGUUCAAUAACCAUACUCUUUGCUAUAACAAUUUCCACGAGCAUAAUCCUGACCUCACUGUGGUAAGGCACCACGUUCUGACCUGGGUGAAAUUUCUUGUUGGGUAUCUCUUUCCUUUGCUAACAAUGAGUAUUUGCUACCUGUGUCUCAUCUUCAAGGUGAAGAAGCGAAGCAUCCUGAUCUCUAGUAAGCAUUUCUGGACAGUCCUGGCUGUAGUUGUGGCCUUUUUGAUUUGCUGGACUCCUUAUCACCUGUUUAACAUUUGGGAGCUCACCAUUCACCACAGCAGCCAUUUCCACCAGGUGCUGCAGGCUGGCAUCCCCCUCUCCACGGGCUUGGCAUUCCUCAACAGUUGCUUAAACCCCAUCCUUUACGUGCUAAUUAGUAAGAAGUUCCAAGCUCGCUUCCGAGCCUCAGUUGCUGAGAUACUGAAGCAUACCCUGUGGGAAGUCAGCUGUUCUGGCACAGUGAGUGAGCAGCUCAGGAACUCUGAAACCAAGAAUCCGUGUCUCUUGGAAACAGCCCAAUGAGUUAUUACUUUUCCAUUAAUCAGUAUAAGGCUUUUGUGUGGGUCCACUGACAGAUGCUUUCAGAUUUUUGAUUCCAAGAUAUAGAGCUGAUCAUAUUUUUGUUGUUUUUGAUUUGGGCGGUAUUUUGGCAUGACAUUUUAUAUGGAUAUAAGACAUAGGAAGGAUCAACAUAAUUUUUUUCCUGCAAUUUAAGUGAUCUGUGUCAUUCUUGUUAAUUAUACCAUGGUGGAUUAAUCACCAAUGUUGAAGCAUUCUCAGUUAUUUUUUUAAUCUUAAUAACUUUUUAAGAGCCCUAAAUCUUAAUAUUAAAUAUAUGAUUAACUCAUUUCAAAAAUGUUUGCUUAAAUUCAUUUAAAUUUUGUACAAGUAACCUAUUAGACACAUUCUUAACCCUUUGCAUUCACUUGCUUUUUUCUCGAUUCCUUUAUUCUACUCGGGAU